AUGAAAAUAAACAGUAGAAUUAGACAUAGCAGUGAAAAUGAAAAGAGAAUGGCGGUGGCAAUUGCACCUCCUGACUCUGGUGUCGUUGCUGACGUCGAUCCAGCAAUGGAAUGUCUGAUUGAAGUGAUAGACGAACGAGUAUGCAUUCUUGUAUUCGCCAGCGACAUACAGCGAUUGGUUGUAGUUGAGCAGGCUGUCGUUGCUCGCCUGAUAGUGGAAUCCGAUGGUGCCGUUGUAGCACGGGGUGUUGGCGCUUGUCGGACAGGUAUUGGGUGGUGCCGGUUCGGACGAUCCGCUGUCGUCAAACGUAAUUUUCAAAUGAAAUCUGAUGUUUGUUUAUUGGUGGUUGUGGUCGUUGGUGAUGGUUGUUGUCUUGUCUUUUUAUAUUUCUUACAUCUAUCCAAAUUAAUAGCUUAA